ACGAUCCAGAUCCUUAGCUAACAAGAAACGUAUAUACUCCAUGGCUGCAGUAUAAAAGCCAAUCAAGCUAGAGGCAGAGAAGCAAGCGAAAUGGCUGAGGAAGUGAAGUUGCUUGGGUCGUGGGGAAGCCCCUUCAGUCGCCGAGUGGAGCUUGCUCUGAGGCUGAAGGGAAUCUCCUAUGACUACAUAGAGGAGGAUCUCUCCAACAAGAGCCCUUUGCUCCUCAAGUAUAAUCCUAUCCAUAAGAAGGUCCCCGUAUUCCUCCAUGGUGGGAAGCCAGUGGUCGAGUCGCUCGUCAUCCUCGAGUACAUCGAGGAGACAUGGGAAGGGGAUCACGCCAUACUGCCGAAGGAUCCUUACGAGAGGGCCAUGGCAAGGUUCUGGUCCACGUUCGUUGAUGAGAAGUGCAUCCCUGCAAUUUGGAUGUCAUGCUGGACCGAAGGGGACAUGCAGCAGAAUUUCAUGAUACAAUCAAAGGAGAACCUAAGCAUUCUAGAGGGUGAGCUCAAAGGGAAAAAAUUCUUUGGAGGUGAUGCCAUAGGCAUGGUGGACAUUGCAGCCUUCUUCAUAGCUCAUUGGGCUGGGGUGCUUCAGGAGGUAGCAGGAAUAAGCUUGAUCAAUGAGGAAAAGCAUCCCAUCCUAUUCAAAUGGAUUGAAGAGUUCAUGAGCUCUAGUAUUGUGAUGGAAUGCUUACCUGCUAGAGAGGGACUGCUUGCUUAUUUCCAAGCUAAGAAAGAGGCCAUCCGAGCUACCAAAGCUCCUGUGUAUUGAUGGUGCGACGCAACCAUUUGAUGCAGGACAUGAAUACAAUAUCAGGAUGAGGAAAAUUAGAGGAAGAAUUUCACAUGUUGUACUUGAAUCGAUAUCCAAUAGUAUCUAUGUUUGCUUGCUUGUUUUACAAUUUGCUGCGAGUGUGAAGAACAUUGUGUUUGUUUUGAGCUGUUCA